AUGUCUAGCAGCCCAUCGAAAGUGCUGUUGGUACAGUGCCUGGAGGCUCUUCAACCGAAAUUGGGCACCGCCGAUGUCGUCACCCAAUCGACUGGGCUUGCUGGACACAGUGUUGGCACUUCCGAGAAUGCUUCCGUGAUGGUGCACCGCAUGUUGAAUUUUGAGUACUACCAAUGCUUCCUCAGCAUCCCCACGUCAAAAUUCAAUCGAACUCUUCUCAUUCACUCACUCUUCAUGAGCGACAACGCGCCCCUCGACAACGUCUUCACCAUUAAACAUGACACAAAAUGUGCCAGAGGCCCAUCAUUGCACUACCAUUCGUCGUUUGAGGAGAUGAAGGGGGAGUUUAGUCCAUCCAGGGGAUUUGAAAAAUCGUUGCCAAUUCUCAACGAAAAAAAUUUCGGUCCGAACCGAUGGUUCGGAACUGAACUUCGGCAACACUACGUAGAUAGAGGAUGGAGCGAGGCGCCUGCGGCCUGUGGGGGGGUGAUGUGGUCUAAUCGGCCAGCGGCGCAUGCGACGACGCCUAGCGAGGCGCGCGUGGGUGUCGUCCUGCUGUCAGGCGCAUCCAAGGAUCUGACUGACGCUGUUCAGAGGGAGGGUAAGCACUGUCUUGGUAUCGGGGAGAAUUAUCAAGGGGGUGCCGGUUGGGUGCCGGGAUUUAAAUCAAGGACCGGACGUCGAAAUUAUCUUGGAAAGAUCCAGCGGAGCGAGCACUGGCAGGACUCAGGACUGUUUGCCCAGCCAAACAACCGGUCUGGAUCCGGAGAACUUGAAGGCUUGGCGUUGUUAUUUCUGAAUUUCAACCUUGUUUCAACCCCCACUUUCAAACUCCAAAUGCAGUCGGCACGUAGGGUCAUCUAUUCCCUAGCUCAAUAG